CAUAUGCAUUGGUGCGCCGCAGCAAGCAGGGGCAAUGGGGACCUGCUCGUGGAAGCGUGGGCAAGCAUAGCACGCCACGUCGCUGAUAUCCACAAUGGCCAUGGCGGUCUGUACACUACGUGCCUCCACGGACCCCUGGAUAACGUAGAGUGGCUUCCUCCAGGGAUGCCUGCUCACGACAAGUUUGCCGCCAUCGUGACCUCGAAACGCCUCUUGAAGGACUUGCGCCAGUUGUCGCCCGACACCCAGACAUUUUCUCUGGAGUCAUUUCACAACGUCUUGAAUGGGUUCGCUCCUAAGUCGACAGCAUUCUCAUCAGAGGGCAUGCUUGCCAGGACCCGCCUGGCAGCACUGCACUUUAAUGAGAAUGCGGAACGUCAACAAGCGAUGACGAAAGAUGGAGAACAUCAGUGGAAAGUGAAGUCACCGAAGGCAAGGAAGGGGCACCAUGUCGUGUGUCCAGUGAAGACAGAGAUAACAUAUGGCUAUGUCCAGGAGCUGAUGGCUGUGGCUGUUGGAAUGUGCGGCUCUUCAACCUUUCUGAAGAAGUUCCAGGCCACAAGAACACCUCCAAAGCCAAAUAUGAGCGACCAAUCGGAACGGCCAUCAAAAAAAGAGUUAAUUGACUCCAGAGUCAGCCGCUUUGCCAAGGCGAAGCCGCAGAUUGUCUAA